UAUUAUUAUUAUUAUUAUUUUCUCCCAGAGAAAGAAAAGCUUUGGGUAAAGCCCUCCUGUCUCACCCCUUUCAAUUCCACCCCAAUUCGUUCUAAUGCUCUCAAAGCCCCACAAACGAAAACCCUCUCUCCCUUACUUUCUCUUUUCAAAACCCUAAUUUCAAUUUUCAAACCUUGAAUUCCAAUUUCAAUUUGCAGCCACUUCUCUCAGGCAAUUGCGGCGUGCUACCACUAGGUCGGACAUGGCUGGAGCUCCCAGAGACCAAGCACUCUCUCUCCUCGCCACGGCUAACAACCAUGGCGAUUUGGCCGUGAAGCUCUCGUCUCUGAAGCAGGCCAAAGAUAUCCUAUUGUCCGUCGAGCCGUCUUCGGCGGCCGAGCUUUUCCCCUACUUGGUUGAGCUCCAGUCCUCUCCCGAAAGCCUUGUCCGGAAAUCGCUCGUUGAGGUAGUGGAAGAGAUUGGAUUAAAAGCAAGGGAGCAUUCUUCAGUGCUAAUGCCUCUUCUAUUGACAUUCUUAAAAGAUGGUGACUCUAUUGUUGCAAAGCAGGCUAUUGUUUGCGGCACUAAUUUCUUUUGUAGUGUUUUGGAGGAGAUGGCAUUGCAGUUUCAUCGACAUGGUAAAUUGGAGAGAUGGCUCGAAGAACUUUGGUCGUGGAUGACUAAGUUCAAGGAUGCUGUGUUGGUUGUUGCAUUGGAGCCUGGUUCAGUUGGGACAAAGAUUCUGGCAUUCAAAUUUUUGGAAACAUAUGUUUUACUAUUUACUCCUGACAUCGAUGAUAGUGAAAGACCUUCUGCAGAAGAUGUUACAGGAAGCAGGAGGGCAUUUAAUGUUUCAUGGCUGGUUAGUGGUCACCCAGUUCUUGACCCAUACUUGCUUAUGUCAGAAGCAAAUAGGACUCUUGGAAUUCUAUUAAAUUUGUUGCGGACAGCUGGUAGCCUACCUGGUUCCUUGACGAUUACUAUUGUCAAUUGUCUUGCGGCCAUAGGAAGGAAGAGAUCUAAUCACUACAAUACCAUUCUCUCAGCCUUGCUUGAUUUUGAUCCAAACUUUGAAACAGUGAAAGGAUGUCAUACUGUCAGUAUUCAAUAUUCUGUGAGAACUGCCUUUUUGGGAUUCCUUCGGUGUACUAACCCAGCCUUUGUGGAGUCAAGAGAUAGGUUGCUUAGGGCUCUUCGAGCAAUGAAUGCUGGGGAUGCAGCUGAUCAGGUUAUCCGGCAAGUUGAUAAAAUGAUUAAGAAUUCUGAGCGUGCUUCUCGUGAUGCUCGGUUGGGCAAGGAUGAUCAACUGUCAAGCCAGGUACUUGCUUCAGGGGAUCUGUUUAAAAAGAGAUCCAUGCCUCUUGAUAAUGAUGCCUCAGCUAAUGCCCAUGAUGUGGCUUUUAAAAGAACUCGUUAUGGUUCAGAGGCCUAUAUGGCUUCACCAGUACAAUUUAAUGAUUUUAGGAGGGAUGAAGCUUCUGGUAAUGGGCUGUCCACUGAUUUACCAUUGUUGGAUGGUGAAUUGACUCCUGUGGAGAAGAUGAUUGCUAUGAUUGGUGCUUUACUUGCUGAAGGAGAAAGAGGUGCUGAAUCAUUGGAAAUCCUUAUUUCAAAAAUUCAUCCUGAUUUAUUGGCUGAUAUUGUCAUAACUAAUAUGCGGCAUUUGCCGAAGUCACCCCCACCCUUGGCAAGGCUUGGAAACUUGCCAGUAUCACGGCAAAUAAGUCCUUUAAGUAGUCAAGCACAAGUUAUGGUUGGACCUCCAGCAAAUUCUGUGCAAUCUCCUACUCUUUCUUCCCAGAUGCCUUUCUCUUCAGCUACUAUAACAAGUUCAGUGGUCUCUGAUACUCCUGGUGUGAAUAAUCUUCCUACUGAUUUGAAACGUGAUCCACGACGGGAUCCCCGUCGCCUGGAUCCACGGCGUGUAGCAGUACCUGCUGGACUGGCAUCAGCACCUACUGUAGAAGAUACUAAUGUUAUGCUAUCUGAAUUUGAUGGUCCUUAUUCUUUGGCUAAACCUAAUUCAGUUCCUGCUACAACAUCGGUUGAAAAUUCUCCAGUACCUCUCAUCUCUAAAAUGAAUAGUGAUGAGAUUUUUGAAAGUCCAUUAGUUUCUGGGACUGGUCAGCUAACUCCUGAGGAGGUUUUGGAAGGACCUGAGGAAAUUGCUCCCCCACAACAAUUAAAUGAGUUUUCAGAUGUCAUUGAUUCUCCUAUACGCACACCUGAUGAGGACUCAGUUGCUGUAAACUUGUCAGAUAUUCCAGUGAAAGAGGAGGCUGAUACAUCAUCUUCUCUGGAAUUUGAUCAUCAUUCUCCGGUUCUUUCGAACACAUCUGCAUCUGAAGAUACCUGUCAGGAUUUACCCCAGCUUCCAAUCUACGUUGAGCUAACCCAAGAGCAGCAGCAAGGUGUGAGAAAACUGGCAAUUGAGAGGAUUAUUGAAUCAUACAAACAUUUAUGUGUCACAGAUUAUAAUCAGAUGCGUCUAGAAUUACUUGCACGAUUGGUUGCUCAGAUUGAUGCCAAUGAUGAUGUCGUUAUGCUGCUGCAAAACCAUAUUAUCAUGGAUUACCAUGAACAGAAGGGGCAUGAGCUUGUGCUACAUGUCUUGUUCCAUCUUCAUUCUCUGACAAUCUCCGAUCCAAUUCAAAACACCUAUCCAGCUGUUGUAUAUGAAAAGUUCCUCUUGGCAGUGACCAAAUCUUUGCUGGACUCAUUUCCAGCAUCUGACAAGUCUUUCAGCAAACUUCUUGGUGAAGUCCCAAUUUUGCCUGAUUCCAUAUUGAGACUACUGGAUGAUCUUUGCUAUUCCAACGUUACUGACCAACAUGGAAAAAAUAUUCGUGAUGUUGAGCGUGUCACACAGGGCCUUGGUGCUGUGUGGAGUUUGAUUUUGGGGCGUCCCCAGUAUAGGCAAGACCUCUUAGACAUAGCUUUGAAGUGUGCUGUUCAUACCCAAGAUGAAAUUCGAGCAAAAGCUAUCCGCCUGGUGGCUAACAAACUAUUUCAGUUAAGUUACAUAUCAGAAAAUAUUGAGCAAUUUGCAACAAAUAUGUUGCAAUCUGUACAUCGCGGUGUUUCAGAUGUUGAACAUUUGCAAUAUGGGUCCACUGAGCAAAGAGCUGAAGGGGAGGUUGGAAGUCAAGAAACAUCGGUCAGUGGCUCUCAAAUUUCAGAGUCUGGAAAUUCUGAAAAUAAUUCCACAAGUCAGGCACAUCUAGUUUCACAAAGUUCAACAACCAUGUCUCUUCCUGAAGUUCAGCGAGCCAUUUCUUUAUAUUUUGCUUUAUGUACAAAGAAACCAAAUCUUCUUCAACUUGUUUUCAAUAUUUACGGACAAUCUACGAAAACUGUGAAGCAGGCUUUUCAUCGUCAUAUCCCUAUUCUUAUAAGGGCCCUAGGAUCAUCUUAUUCUGAGUUGCUUCACAUAAUAUCUGAUCCACCGCAAGGAAGUGAAAAUCUUUUGGCACUGGUACUGCAAAUAUUGACUCAAGAGACGACGCUUUCUUCUGAACUAAUAGCCACUGUGAAACAUUUAUAUGAAACUAAAUUAAAGGAUGUCUCUAUUCUCAUUCCGAUGCUGUCUUCUCUUUCCAAAAAUGAGGUUUUACCUAUAAUUCCUCGGCUUGUUGGCCUUCCUUUAGACAAGUUUCAGAUGGCACUUGCUCGCAUACUUCAGGGUUCAGCUCAUACAGGUCCAGCUUUAACACCUGCAGAAGUUUUGGUUGCUAUCCAUGGCAUUGUUCCAGAGAGAGAUGGUGUUGCACUUAAAAAGAUAACAGAGGCUUGCUCAGCUUGUUUUGAGCAACGAACAGUUUUCACACAACAGGUCUUGGCAAAGGCAUUGUCCCAAAUGAUUGACCAAACUCCACUACCACUUCUCUUUAUGAGAACAGUUAUCCAGGCAAUUGAUGCAUUUCCUUCACUGGUUGAUUUUGUUAUGGAGAUACUUUCGAAACUCGUGAGAAAACAGGUGUGGAGACUGCCAAAACUUUGGGUUGGCUUCUUGAAAUGUGUAUCUCAGACACAGCCACAUUCUUUCAAUGUGUUAUUACAGUUACCACCGCCGCAACUUGAAAGUGCCGUGGGCAAACAUCCAAACCUCAAAGUUGCCCUUGCUAAUUUUGCUAGCCAGCCAAGUGUUAAAGCUUCACUGCCUAGAUCAAUCCUCUCGAUUCUUGGUCUUACAAAUGAAAUGCAUGCACAACAAUCUCAUCUCUCCUCAUCUUUUCAUCCUUCAGACACAAGUUCAUCGGUUCAAGGAACUACACAAACAUGAAAACUAGAGAAUGUCGGGCAUUUAGAAAUUGACUAGCUGUACAUGGUAGAAACUGUGACAUUUGAUAAAUAGAAAACUGGUGGAAGGACAAAAGGCAUAUGGUGGUUGAUCACACGGGUUAUUUGUUCGCUGAUUCGAUAAAACUAUAAGAUGGAUCUUUUCCGCUCCCGCAAGCAUGGAAGAGCGAUAUAUCGAGGGAUAGCCCUCCAACAGAUACCGAUUUCUCUUUCCUUUCUACUGAGGCAGCUGCUCUGGGAUAUGUGCCAUAGUUUUCUAUUCUUUUGUUUCUAUUAUUAUGUAUGUAUUCUUCAAAUUUUGAUUUGAUUCAGUCUUGUUUCAGCUGAUAAGCUGCUUCUGGCACAUUGAGGUCAACAACAAUCCGCUAUUUGUACUAUUAUUUAGUUGUCAGAAUUUUUUGUUCUUUCUA